UGUUGAGCUCUCUCUACAAGAUUGCAAGGGGAAGAUGCCUGCAUCCAAAGAUGCCAGUAUCACCGGAAAGUGCUCAGCAGCAGCAGGCAUGCUUCAGGGUCCCCCUCCCCUUGCUGCGUCUCCUUUUCCCCCUCCCCUGAGCAGCCAGGCCCCCGCCCCCGCCCCGCCCCCGGUGUGAGAUGGGGGACGGGCGGGCGGGCAGAGCUGAGCUGAGCUGAGCGGACAGACACAGACGCUGCCACCUGAUCCCAUCCAGGCGCAGCAAGGCAAGCUACCCGCACGAGCGUGUAGGGCCCGUUACCUUCAGACCCGGCAGAUUUCAGGACAAGGGGCCCAGGGGAAGCGGAAGGUAGCCCCUGACCCAAGUUGGAGACAGAGCCUGCCUGCGUUUUUGGGAACACUGGCCCUGCUACCAGAACCCCAGGACCCCCCAUGAGUGCUGGCAAAGGAAGUCCUGGAUAGUGAAGCCCUGGCUGGUCCAGGAGUGAGUACUCCACCAUGCCACCCAUCCUCCAGCGCCUGCAGCAGUCCACCACAAUGAUGAGCCGCAGGAAAAUCCUGCUAUUGGUGCUAGGGUGCAGCACUAUAAGCCUCCUCAUCCACCAGGGGUCGCAGCUCAGUUGGUACCCCAAGUUGUUUCCUCUGAGCUGCCCGCCGCUGCGAGAGUCGCCCCCCCGGGCCAAGCACACGGCCGUGGCCUUCCUGAAGACUCACAAGACAGCGGGGACCACGGUGCAGAACAUCCUGUUCCGCUUCGCAGAGCGCCACAAUCUCACCGUGGCCCUGCCUCACCCCAGCUGCGAGCACCAGUUCUGCUACCCGCGGAACUUCUCGGCGCACUUCGUGCACCCGGCCACGCGGCCCCCGCACAUGCUGGCCAGCCACCUGCGCUUCGACCGCGCCGAGCUCGAGCGCCUCAUGCCGCCGGGCACGGUCUACGUCACCAUCCUGCGCGAGCCGGCCGCCAUGUUCGAGUCGCUCUUCAGCUACUACAACCAGUACUGCCCGGCCUUCCGGCGCGUGCCCAACGCGUCGCUCGAGGCGUUCCUGCGCGCCCCCGAGGCCUACUACCGCCCCGGCGAGCACUUCGCCAUGUUCGCGCACAACACGCUGGCCUACGACCUGGGAGGCGACAACGAGCGCAGCCCACGCGAGGACGCCGCCUACCUGGCGGGCCUCAUCCGCCAGGUGGAGGAGGUCUUCUCGCUGGUCAUGAUCGCCGAGUACUUCGACGAGUCCCUCGUGCUCCUGCGGCGCCUGCUGGCCUGGGACCUGGACGACGUGCUCUACGCCAAGCUCAACCUGCGCGAGGCCCGCCAGCGGCUGCUGCGCCGGUGCUUCGGGGACGAGCCGGUGCUGCGCCCCGCCGCCCAGAUUCGCACCAAGCAGCUGCAGCCUUGGCAGCCUAGCCGCAAAGUGGACAUCAUGGGCUAUGACCUGCCGGGCGGCGGUGCUGGCCCCGCCACGGAGGCCUGCCUCAAGCUGGCGAUGCCCGAGGUGCAGUAUUCAAACUAUCUGUUGCGGAAGCAGAAGCGCCGAGGUGGGGUGCGGUCGAGGCCGGAACCGGUCCUGGAUAAUCCUCCCCCUCGACCCAUCCGAGCAUUGCCCCGCAUCCCCCAGGGUACCUGAGUUCUGUCUGCCUCCUGGAACCCAGGUCUUGCUCCAUUAGGGCCCUUUUAUUCUCCACAGGCGUGAGCCCUGUGUCCAAAUGGAGGUGCAUCUGCAUCUGAGCCUGCCACCCCAGUGUCGCCUGAACCCCACUUUCUGGGAUGGCAUUGAUGGGCCACCCACUCCUCCUUCCCACUUGGUUGGUGACUUUGACAAGAGAUCCAAGGGUGUUCCAACACUGCCUACCCUGCCUUUUUCUGGGGACUGAGAACCCCACCUGUCUUCUGAGGGGCUGAGCCCCCACCUGUGUGAAGUGGAUGACCACAAGCCCCAGUGAGGGACUAAGUCCUGGGAAAACGCCGUGCUUCCUGUCAGCGCCUGGGCUUUUGUUCUUCCCAGAGCUGCAGAGGUCCGAUACUGUCUUCCAGUCUACUUCCCUAAACACCUAAGCUGCUCCCAGACACCCAGAACCAAGAGUUCUUGGGUUGGGCUUUUUGUUUGGUCCUUUCUCCUCCUCCUUGGGUUGGGCUUUUUGUUUGGUCCUUUUUCCUCCUCCUCUUCCUCCUCCUCUUCUUUUUUUUAAUAAAAUAACUUUAAAUGUG